GAGAAGAGACGAUCUGAUGUAUGAUAUCUCGACUUUUGAGAGAGCGGUGGUCAUACUGCCCUACGAUCAACCCCUACUGACUGCUAGCUAAAUCGAGUAACAGACUGCUUGUGGACGAAAAAUUGUGCUGUGUACCCAAAUAGUGAUGUCACAUAAGACGGUCGAACGAAAACGUUCUGCAAAGGUGACGACACAGUACUUGGCGACUGACCCGCAUUCUUGGUGUUUACCUCUUGCUUGAAUUUUGACUGCGCUUGCUCGAGUUGUGUGAAGAAGUUGGUGAGAUAUGCCAACUCCUGUGGGGAUCAGCGAAGCCAAGCAUCGACUACCAUAUGUAUCAAGCACUCCACGCCCCACUCAAGGUUACCAUCACCUCACACGCAACACACUGGAGACGGAACCCUUGCGCCGUGGCUCAGUUCACAAUAGUUGAGUAGUGGACUGUAUACCCAGUACAACGUCUCGGAGACCAACAUGCUGGUGUCCUACCUUUUGUCGGAGCGGUCAUGGAAGGCGUUGUUGAGCGCCUUAUGCGUUCCAAAUCUAUGUGGACCCUUGUUAUCUUUCAUCGAAACGGAUCAUCCAUCGCUUGUCCCAUUCUCGUCUUUGCAAUUGCCGCUGAAGGACCUUUACAAUAACCAAGCUGCAUCAGUCGACGGCACCACAGGUGACUUCGAUGGACACGGAGGAACGUACCCUGCGCAACACCUGCCGACAGGUCCUUGGCAUUACAACGGAAUCACUUAUGAUCUACCAACGAACUGGGGACUGGGAUUGGACAAUGUGGUCUCUAGUGGUCAAGUGAUAACGCUGAACGAGCCAACCUAUAUCCACGAAUUCCAUAUCGUAUAUGCGGGAGAGCAGCCUCUCUGGGGGUUGAGUGAAAAAUUUCAACUGCAGUAUGAAGAUGGGUCUGUCAAGCACCUACAGUUUGGUGGGAAGAACUGGUGGAAAUGGCCUUUCUUAGAUUGGGGGGACAUCCGAACCCCCUUCCAUUUUACGGAUCACGGCGCAUCAAAGAACAUGAAUACAACACACAUGUAUCAGCUAUCCCUCCCUGUGCCGUCCAAGGCUCCACUGCGAAGCAUAACACUUCCGGAUACGUCUCGUCACAUAAACAAGUUGCAUAUAUUUGCACUGACGUUGACGCCGUGCACCCAUACCCCUGAAGCAACAGGCCCUGCCAUUUCCAUCCGUAACGCGCGCUUCACUACACGCUGGGAGGAUGUCGACGGGGAACGAUCACAGGUCGUCGAAAUCACCAUUGCAAAUAUCCUCCCAACGAAAUUUGCAACGUCACGCCACACUUCCAUCCCUUCAAGGUACUCUAUUGAGGUGGUCGGACAUGGUUUGAAGACCGUCACACCAGGUCAUAUCUACCGACUCGUUCCUGGAGAUCAGGCUCGCGUGGACAUCUUAGUACUGAACAGAAACGGUUCAGGUAAGGCCACCGUUCGGCUCAGGGAUUCCCAUGGAAAUGUGGUCGGUACAUCGGGGGACUGGCCUAUCACUCCCUUGCGUGAGCACUGGACUCCUGAAGAGAGCGUUCUGGCAACGCACGAAACACCGACGUGGUGGAACAAAGCCAAAUAUGGGAUUUUCAUCCACUGGGGUCCUUAUAGUGUACCGGGCUGGGGCUCGCCUGGUGUUUACGCGGAGUGGUAUAAUUGGCACAUGCACAUCCAGGACAGUGCUUUCUGGAGAUAUCAUCUUGACACUUAUGGUCCAGAAGUUGUUUAUGAUGAUUUCAUACAUGAUUUCACGGCGUCGGCGUGGGACCCCAGUGCCUGGUUGGACCUCAUCGACGAAGCGGGAGCUAAAUACUUUGUCUUCGUUACGAAACAUCACGAUGGAUACAGUCUUUUUGAUACCAAAGAAACCACACAUAGGGGAAGCGUUUAUCUACCGCCGUAUCGUGAUUUUUUGAAGGAACUCAUGGAGACCGCCAAGGCGGAAAAACCUCAUAUUCACAGAGGCACAUACUAUUCACUUCCUGAAUGGUACAACCCUUAUUAUGCGAAGUACGGAUUUGACAUAUGGCCUGGAGGAUUGGCGAACCACCCUUACAAGCCGUCGGAAGUUGAGCCGUACACCGGAAUGCUGAAUAUCACAGAUUACCUCGAUGACUUAUUGUUGCCACAUAUGAUUUCACUUGCUGUGGAUUAUGAAACUGAGAUCAUGUGGUGCGAUAUUGGAGGUCCUCACCGGACACCAGAAUUUGCAGCGGAAUACUACAAUAAUGCAAUGGAGCACGGUUAUCAGGUGGUAAUGAACGAUCGGUGUGGUGACGUGCCCGAUUUCGAUACCCCGGAGUAUGCGAGGUACGGGAACAUCCAAACGAGACGCUGGGAGACCAGCGAAGGAAUGGAUCCAUACAGCUAUGGGUAUAACUCCGCGACCCCUGCUUCCGCAUACAAGAACGGUACUGCAAUCGUCCAGAACAUAGUUGACAUUGUAAGCAAGAAUGCUUGCUGGACAUUGGGACCGACGGCUGAAGGCGAAAUCGUGGCUCCGAUGGUUGAAAACCUCCUUGAUGCCGGGAGAUGGUUGAAGUAUGCUGGGCGGUGUGUAUAUGGGACUGAUUAUUGGUACCAAGGCUUCCAAGAUGUUUCUGGUUCGGUGCGUUUCCUAACCACGCCACAUACCUUUUGUAUCGUGGCUCUCGACAAACCCACCGGUGGCAAGCUGGUCGUGGAUGUCGGCGACGCUGUUCUACCCCUCCAGCCAGGGGACACCAUCAGAUUACUUGGCCCAAAGAUUCCCGGGGCCUUGGUCUCUAACAAUGCCAAUGCUGCAUGGCAGGAGGACCGCGGGCUUGACUGGAAGUUGGAUGGUAAUGGAGUGCUGACCAUUCAAGUUCCGGAGUCUCUGGUAGACCUGUUCGAGGUUUCAUAUGCCUGAAAUGACGGUGUCCGAAAGUAUGGUAGUGUGUAUGAUGGGAAGCUUGUAUAUCAUACUGUACGUUAGGAAAUGCUGGCAAGCGAACAACUCGCUUGGUGUGGACUAUGGUACAUCGGUAUACCCACCUAGGAUAGUACCCGUAAGGCAACCU